AUAUAUAUCCUUUGAUUCCGUCACGAGAUAAGCGAAUCGUACACCACAAUAAGCAUUAAGCAACAUUAUCCCCGGGGAGGGGUCUUGGGAACUCUAGCCUAUACACUUAAUACCGAUUAGCAUCCUUAUAAAGUCAUACCGUAGCCUACGGUGAGUUCAACGUGAUUUUUCUGUUAUCCCACCUUAUUUUAGGAGCAGACCAAUUGAAUUUACCCAAAGAGCCCAAAACGCACGUGUAUAAUGUAUGGUAGUUCAAAUGUGCUUAUGCGCUGCUUGUCAUCAAAACACCACAGACGCAUUAUUUUCUCUUCCUUAACUUUUGUAUAAAUAUUCAAUUUCAAUGUCACUUUUUUAAAGGCCCGAAUAGGCUUCACCACUAAAACGCGCUGCGUCACGUGUCAUAACAUAAUGUAACCCACAAGAAAACAAGCAGUCCUCGGUUGUGUAAACUGAUCUCAGAUUAAAUAAAUUAUUGAAAAUGCACCAGCGGUUUAAAAUGCCUUUGAAAAAAUGAACGUCAAAAAACCAUUCUAAAUGUGCGUGAUUGGCUAAAUAAGUGUGCUUCGGGUUUUGACUGAUUAAUAGUCACCCCAUUUUGGUUUAUUUAAGUAAAUUAUGAAAUAAUAGUAAAGUACUGCUACAAGGCAACACAUAAUUUGGACUGCCGUAACGGAUUGAUGCCAGGCACGACACGGAAAAAACAAAUGAAAAACUCUGUUUAAUCAUAAAGGCUUCUGCCAAGAACUAAUAAACCUUUAUAUAUUUUGCGGUGACAUUGACAGAACAGUAAACAUGCAUAUCUUCACGUGCAGAACCCAUACAACAGAGUGGGAAGUUUCACGUAGUUUCACAUCCAAUUUUUUUCCAGUCCCCGCCUCUUUAUCAGUGCUAAUACCCAAUUGGUUCAGAAACUUUUUUGGUCUUCGAAAGUGGGGACUCAGUGGUUGGGAGGAGUGUCAAUCAAUGAAAACACGCGUGCCUUGGUUGUUGGAAAUUGAUGCUUCCCGUAGCCUACAAUGAUUCCCGUUGAACUUGGAAAGGAUGCUGUGCGUUUUACACACUUUGGGACAAAGAAGGUGAUUACAACGUCUCGUCCCAUUUUCGUACUAUAUUCAGAGAUCUGAUAAGGUAGAAGCACAGUCACAGAGGUUUUACGCAAAGAAGAGUGAAAAUGCAUUCCGGUAAAUCCGAAAUUCAGAUGCAAAAAUCCACCGCCGUUUUUGGAAUGGUCAGUCAUCAUCAAGCCCCCUCGGCCACAGACUUGUCCGGGUUGAGCUUCUCCGUGUACAGCGGUAAAUCACACAGCUGUGUGAAAAGAGCCGGGAGCGACAGCUGCGGCGCCGAUCCCAGCCGAAGUCCACACGGUAACGCAAGUCAUGUGCAGCUGCAAGUUUCAAGUCCCAAACGACUUCCCGCGCCGGUGGAGCGUUAUCCUGAACUCAAGAAUCAGCCCGAGCAUCUAUCGCAAGAGUCCGUGCAAGUGAACGGAGUCUGCCGCCCCUUCUGCUCCAGGAAGAAGGAUGUGUCGGAGGCCAUGGGUGGCGAAUGCGUGGCGUCCAGGAGCGGGCAGAGCCGCGCGCCCACCCAGCCAGUAGGAGAGGGCUUCGUCGCCCCUGGCGACCAAGCCGCGCAGAACCUCUGUAUCCAGGGCAACCAUCACCACAACGGCGCAAGGUGCACAGGCUUUCAGGAGGCCCUUGUACCGGUGGGCCUGGGUGGGGACGGGGGCCACUGUUUCGGCGGAGUAGGCCGCCAGCUGCAGCACAUAAAACAGGAGAGCCCCGCCAAGUACAAAAUCACGUCGGGCGUCCCGUCCACCCAGGAGCCCCUCCCCGGGAGGGCGGGGCCGGGGGCGGGGCCGGGGCCGGCGAGCCUCCCGCCCCCCGAGAUCGAGCUGACCCACGGCGGCUUCGCCUCGUACCCGUUCGGCAGCGACGGCGGCCCGGCGAUGCAGUCCCCGGGCGACGCCCGGCAACCAACCCGCCUGCUCCACGCGGGCAGCCUGAAGCGCCGCUGCCUGUCGGUCACGCCCUCUUCCGGCGCCCCCGAGGGCAUCGACAUCACCGCCAUCAUCUGCUCAUCCCAGAUGUCGGUGGUGGCCUGCGUGAAUGCCGGCGCCCCCUUCCUGCGGAGCCAGGGAGAGCAGCGGCGGCUGCCCUCCCUCAGCCCCCAGGCCACCGACGAGAGCUGCCGCCUGCCCUCGCCCGCCGCCUGCCUCCUCUCCUUCUCCUCCUCCUCGUCCUCCUCGUCCUCCGCCUCCUCCUCCUCGGCGGACUGCGAGAGGCCCGCCCCCAUGCAGGAGGCGCGGGGGCCCCAGCCCCAGGGCGCCCACGCCGCCGCUGGGGGGGAGCCGGCGGACAGCUUCAGCGUGCUGGUGAACAGCGUGUUCCAGCAGGGCCUGCUGGAGGGGUGCGGCCGCGGCGGGGCGAUGAAGCAGGAGCCGCUGGACGAGCUCCCGCAGGGCGAGGAGGAGCUCUACCGCCACGCCCACGCCCACCGCCACCACCCGCUCCACCCCAGCCUGCCCCCGCCCUACCACCUGCACCAGUACCUUGGUCCCAGCCCGGGGGCCCUGCUGCACCUCCAGGGGCAGCACCCGCCCUCCGCCCUCCCCCACAAGCCCCCCGGCCUGGCCGGGACCCCCGAACGCGAGGAGCCCGGCGACCAGCAGGCCUGCCGCUGGAUCGACUGCAGCGCCUCCUACGAGCAGCAGGAGGAGCUGGUGAGGCACAUCGAGAAGGUGCACAUCGACCAGCGCAAGGGCGAGGACUUCACCUGCUUCUGGGCCGGCUGCGUUCGCCGAUACAAGCCCUUCAACGCCCGCUACAAGCUGCUCAUCCACAUGAGGGUUCAUUCCGGAGAGAAGCCCAAUAAGUGCAUGUUCGAGGGCUGCAACAAAGCCUUUUCUCGCCUGGAGAACCUCAAGAUCCACCUGCGCAGCCACACCGGGGAGAAGCCCUACCUCUGCCAGCACCCGGGCUGCCAGAAGGCUUUCAGCAACUCCAGCGACCGCGCCAAGCACCAGCGCACACACCUGGACACGAAACCCUACGCGUGCCAGAUCCCCGGCUGCACCAAGCGCUACACCGACCCCAGCUCCCUGCGCAAGCACGUCAAGGCCCACUCCGCCAAGGAGCAGCAGGGUCACAAAAAGGUGCAGUCGUGCCCUCACCUGGAGCCGGACGUCCUGAGCGAAUGUCUGGCGAUGCAGCACCUCCACGGCUCCGCCCCCUCUCACCACCUCCACGGCUCCGCCCCCUCUCACCACCUCCACGGCUCCGCCCCCUCUCAGCACCUCCACAAUGGGAAGCUCGCCAGGUCACCCGGGCUGAGCCAAGACAUCUUCACUGGGAUGUUCACUGGCUCCGCCGGCCCCCAUAAUAGGGCCACAUCUGGGCUCCUCUCCUCCACCCCGGACCUGUCCUCCAGGCCCCUGGGCAUCGAGGGGAGCGUCCACAGCCCCCACAACCACCUCUCCCCGCCGUCAGCCAUGGACAGCACCAGGGAGGGGAUGGCUACCCCUCUCCUGUCCUCGAGGAUCAGCCCCGGUGCCCCCGCCCCGCCGCCCCUGGACAAGCACAGCUCACACAGCGACCAGCAGCAGAUCCCCGGCCAGCACAAACCCUACACCCACUUCCAGGACCCGCCCGUACAUGAAGCAGGUUACCAGGGCAGUUUCCAGAGCUGCUUCCAUUACAGAGAUAAUUACCGCAUGGAGCCGGUGGUCAGCGAUAUCCACGUACCGGUGGAUUCCCACUGCUUCAAUCCUCACCGGUCCAACGGCUAUGCCGUGAGGGACUCCAGCGGCAACACGGAGGGGUUCAGCUUGGUCCAGGACAUCCAGGCGGUGGGCGGCCAGGGCUUCUCCCCCAGCCCUGAGGAGAACGUCUUCUUCCAGGUGGGCGGCUUUGACCGCUGCCUGAGUCAGAUCUCCUCGGUCUACACCGAAUCGUGA